UAUUGUUCAAGAUAAAAUAAGCCUUUAAAAAUAUAGUUAACAUUACAGUGAUAUUUGAUUACAAUUACAUUCAAUUCGCAAGCAUCUCGCCAUAAAAAACAUACUAUAAUUUCGUAUUCGCUUGAAAGGAGUGAGUUAUAUAACCUUGAAUCACGGGACUUCAGUAUUGAUCAGUUAUUUUUAAGUAAAAUAUUCUGGUGUGGACAAAACUCAUCAGAUCUGACACUUUACAAUAAGGGGACUCAGAAUCAACAACCAUGCAUCGAGCAAGGGUCAUUUUUCAAAUAACAAAUAAAGUCAAUAGUAACGACAGAUUCGCGUCAUGGCUGCUCAGCAAACCACAGGCUGCCGCCGUCCCGGUAUACACCAGUAGGCCAAAAAGUUCAACGGCUGCCGAACCUUUCCUCAAUGGCUCCAGUUCGGCUUACGUCGAGAACAUGUACAACUCAUGGCUCACAGACCCCAACUCUGUGCACGCGUCGUGGGAUGCAUUCUUCCGCAAUGCGACGGCCGGCGCCCAGCCCGGCUCGGCCUACACGGCGCCGCCGAACCUCGCGCCCUACGGCAAGCACGAGGUACCCCUCACAUCUCUGGUGCCCGCUGGAGGCAUGCCAUCCAUUGCUGCAGGGUCUCCAAUCAACGAGAAAAUCAUCGAUGACCAUCUCGCCGUGCAGGCCAUCAUCAGGAGUUACCAGUCUCGUGGUCACCUAGUGGCGCACUUAGACCCGCUGGGCAUCUCCACCGGGGACCCGAUAUCGAGCGGCGAAUGGCACGGCGGCUUACGAGCCUUCGCUAGCGAGGCAGUCAUUAGAGAACACGUCCGAUUCGAUGAAGCUGAUAUGGACAGAGUGUUCAAAUUACCUUCCACUACUUUUAUCGGUGAGAAAGAGAAGGCGUUACCGUUGAGAGAGAUCUUGAACCGUUUGGAGCAAGCAUACUGCAACAACAUCGGUAUCGAAUUCAUGUUCAUCAACUCUCUUGAACAAUGUAACUGGAUUAGACAACGUAUGGAGCCUCCCAACGUGACCAAAAUGAACAAUGACCAGAAAAGAUUGAUCCUCGCUCGUCUUACCAGAUCUACCGGUUUCGAGAACUUCUUAGCCAAGAAAUGGUCGUCAGAGAAGCGUUUCGGUCUUGAAGGUUGCGAGAUCCUCAUCCCGGCGAUGAAACAGGUCAUCGAUGUGUCCACGCGCCUCGGUGUCGAGUCCAUCAUCAUGGGAAUGCCUCACAGAGGUCGUCUGAACGUGUUGGCCAACGUGUGCCGCAAGCCUCUUCACCAGCUGUUCACUCAGUUCGCUGGUCUUGAAGCUGAAGAUGACGGCUCUGGUGACGUCAAAUACCACUUGGGAACGUACAUCGAGCGUCUGAACCGUGUGACGAACAAGAACAUCCGCCUGGCUGUGUGCGCCAACCCCUCUCACUUGGAGGCCGUCGACCCCGUCGUGCAGGGCAAGACGCGCGCUGAGCAGUUCUACCGCGGAGACAACGAGGGCAAGAAGGUGAUGUCGAUCCUGCUGCACGGCGACGCCGCGUUCGCGGGUCAGGGCGUGGUGUUCGAGACCAUGCACCUGUCGGACCUGCCCGCCUACACCACGCACGGGACCAUACACAUCGUCGUCAACAACCAGAUCGGCUUCACCACUGACCCCAGGCACUCGCGCUCCUCCGCCUACUGCACAGACGUGGCCCGCGUGGUGAACGCGCCCAUCUUCCACGUGAACGGCGACAACCCGGAGGCCGUGAUGCACGUGUGCAACGUGGCGGCCGAGUGGCGCUCCACCUUCCACAAGGACGUCGUCAUCGACAUCGUCAGCUACCGCCGCAACGGACACAACGAGGUCGACGAGCCCAUGUUCACGCAGCCGCUCAUGUACCAGAAGAUCCGCAAGACUAAGCCCGUUCUCGAGAAAUACGCCGACCAGCUGAUCGCUGAGGGCGUCGUCACCGCCGAAGAGGUCAAGGACGUAAAGGACAAGUACGAGAAGAUCUGCGAGGACGCGUACAACCAGGCCAAGCAGGAGACCCACAUCAAGUACAAGGACUGGCUUGACUCGCCCUGGUCCGGCUUCUUCGAGGGCAAGGACCCCCUGAAGAUGUCUCCCUCUGGCGUUGUCGAAGAGACGCUCGUCCACAUCGGCAAGCGUUUUUCGUCGCCACCACCCAACGCGGCCGAGUUCGAGAUCCAUAAGGGUCUGCUGCGUAUCCUCAAGGCCCGCAUGGAGAUGGUCGAGAACCGCACCGUGGACUGGGCCCUGGCCGAGGCCAUGGCCUUCGGCUCCCUGCUGAAGGAAGGCAUCCAUGUCCGUCUGUCCGGAGAGGACGUCGAGCGAGGCACCUUCUCUCACAGACACCACGUCCUCCACCACCAGAAGGUGGACAAGGCCACAUACUGCGCGCUGGCGCACCUGUACCCCGACCAGGCGCCAUACACCGUCUGCAACAGUUCGCUGUCUGAGUAUGGUGUGCUUGGCUUCGAGGUGGGCUACUCAGUAACGAACCCCAACGCGCUGGUGUUGUGGGAGGCCCAGUUCGGCGACUUCAACAACGUGGCGCAGUGCAUCAUCGACCAGUUCAUCUCCAGCGGACAGGCCAAGUGGGUGCGGCAGUCCGGCAUCGUACUGCUGCAGCCGCACGGCAUGGAGGGCAUGGGCCCUGAACACUCCUCAGCUCGCCUGGAGAGGUUCUUGCAAAUGAGUGCCGAUGACCCCGACUACAUGCCUCCAGAGAGCCCCGACUACGAAGUCCGCCAGCUGCACGACUGCAACUGGAUCGUAGCGAACUGCUCGACCCCGGCGUCGUACUUCCACAUCCUGCGGCGGCAGAUCGCGCUCCCCUUCCGCAAGCCGCUCAUCCUCAUGACGCCCAAGUCGCUGCUGCGUCACCCUGAGGCCAAGUCCUCCUUCGACGACAUGAACGAGGGCACCUCAUUCAGACGAGUGAUCCCCGAGGAAGGCGUGGCCGCCCAGAACCCGCAGGGCGUGCGCAAGCUGGCGUUCUGCUCCGGCCGCGUGUACUACGACCUGCUCAAGCAGAGGCGCGACAAGGGACUCGAGAAGGACAUCGCUAUUGCCAGAGUCGAGCAAAUCUCGCCGUUCCCCUAUGAUCAAAUCAAGGCCGAGAUCGCCAAAUACCCCAACGCUCAGUUGGUCUGGAGCCAGGAGGAACACAAAAACAUGGGCUCGUGGAGCUACAUCGAGCCGCGAUUCCGCACGCUGUUGCAGAACCAGAAACACCUUGCGCCAAAGUCAAAAUCUCAAGGGGGUAGUUGGUUUAGCCAACUUUUCGGCGGGGCCGACAAGCCCGCCCCUGUUGAUGACACAGAGACUGUGCCGCGCACCAUUAGUUACAACGGGCGUGCGACCGCUGCCUCCCCGGCCACGGGCUCGAAGGCCGCCCACAACAAGGAGUUGAGGAAUCUCCUUGACGAGUUCUGCGUGUUAUAAACGACCACACACGAUCCUAUCGAGAAAACGCGGUAUGAACCAAGAAUGACGCACUCGCUCAACCCCACUUUCAUGUAAAGUACAUUUAAUGAUAGCGAGAAAACAUACAUUCAAGGUUCAUCAUCGCCCCAAAAAAAUCACGAAUCCCGAUUGUUGAAUUAUAACGUACACAACAAGAUGUAUGCCAUAUUAAAACAUGUUUAAUAGAAUCUUAACAACUACGUAAUCUAUCUCAAAUCGAAAAUUGUUUAUGACAUUUAAUUAUUUGUCGAACGAAAUUUAUUUUUUGUAAUUAAAAAGGUUUUUUUCUCCUUACUCUCAGUAUUUUGUUGUAAUUCUCUUCAUGUUUAGGUAGAUUAGUUAGAUAAAUUCUUAUUUAUUUAUUUAAUGUAGCAUACGUGAUCUGUAGAACCUACAUUAUUUAUUUUUAUUGUUAAAGCAAUACAACUUAGUCUCACGUAGUCUCCACUUUGUUAAUAUGUUACGUAUUAGAUUAUAAUAAUAUUUCAGUAACAAAAUGGUACAUUUACUGCAAAUUAGUGUUGAUACGCUGGUUGUAUUAUUUCGUGUACAUAAAAUGUUUUAUUUUUUUAUUAUGCUUACACAUUUUUGUCAUUACGGAUUUAAGUUGAUACGUUCCUUUAACUAGUCCAGGGAUACGUACAUAUAAAUAGUAAUCUUGUUACGUAUUGCAGCAAUCGUGCUACGUAAUUAAGUAUUAUGUUAACAAAUAUAGGCAACUCCACGGGCGUAGCUGGGUUCAUGAAAGACGAGUGCUUGCCUAAUGCAGGCGACAAAGUUCUUAUGUAUCACAGUAGCGCUUGGACAAUCUCUGUGUCAAUCUAAAUAUCGGUAAUAAGAUAACUCGCUGAUGUGGUGUUACCAUACAGGUAACUUUCAAUGACUCGUCUAACGAUAUUGUACAUGAGAUAUUAUGAAUUAGCAUUGUAAUGUAGAAACUGGGCACCAGUUCUAAAGUUAUUGCACCUUAGUACAUAAAAUGUAUGUAAUAAAUGAUGUCACGUA